AACAAAACACAUUUUUAACAAUAUGUAUAUAUUGAAAUGUGACUUUUGGCUGCACUCAGUAGAAAAUUGGCAAUAUUAAAUGUUCAAACAAUUUUGAAAAAUUAACGUCUGACUAUAAUGUAAAACAAACUAGAAAACUUGAUGGUAGAAUACCUAGACUUUAUAGGAUUGGUGGAGAUGUGUGUGAUGGUUAAAAUGAUCACUGCCUCUACAGGGUCUGGGCUCACUUAGAGGUAGUAAGCUCCUGGCACACCUGUGAGUUAUCUUGCUUAGGUUAAUUGGGGUGGGCAGACCCACUUUCAAAAGAGGCCACUCGGUUCCUGGGACUCAGGCUUGGGUCCUGGACUGCACUGAAAAGGAGAAAGCUAGCUGAACAGCAACAUCCUUGGCUGUCUUCUUCCUGACUUCGGAAACAAUGUGACCAGCUGCUUCAGGCUCCUGCUGCCUUGACUGCCCUGCAUGGUGGACUGACUGUGCCCUGGAACUCGCAGUUGGGCAGUUGGGUGACUUGCCUCGUGGGAUCCCGGUGACUCCAGUAUGGAUCUAAGCUGCCCUUUUGGCCUACUGGGAAAAGAAGUCCGGAGAAAGAGAAUUGUUCUGAACCAGAAUCAAAAGGACACCCUUCGUGCAUGGUUUGAAAAGAAUCCCAAUCCUGAUUUAGCUACUAGGGGACUUUUGGCUAAGGAACUGGGCAUCUCAGAGUCUCAAAUUAUGACUUGGUUUCAGAAGCACAGAAAAAUACAGAAACAAGUGGAGUUUGAAUAUUGCUUUGAAGACAGCCAAGCCCAGGGACGGGAUAAACCUAAAGUUAAAGAACCUGGGAGGAGCCGGACACAUUUUACAAAGGUGCAGAUUGAUAUUCUAAUUGAAGCUUUCAAGACUAAUCGAUUCCCUGGGAUUGUUACCAGGGAAAAGCUGGCUCAAGAAACAGGCAUCCCGGAAUCCAGGAUUCAUAUAUGGUUUCAGAAUCGGAGAGCUCGUCACCCAGACACCCAUCAGGGCACUCAGGCAACUGCUCAGCUGCCUCAGAACAGCCAGGCCCCUUCCCUGAAGACUCCUGAUCAACCUCCUCCAACUGUCACCAGCAGCUUGUCAGUCACACCAGCCUUUUCUCCCCCCGACACACAAUCUGGCCCUUUGGAUCUCUCUAGAGGUGGUCAGAAGCAGUCAUCAAGGACCACGGUACCACAGCCGUCCCAGGUUGUACAGGGAAGGGGUGAUGGUCAAAGUUCCUCAGUGUUUAAUGGCCACUUAUCACCGAUAAUAACUCCAGGACGGGAGGGCUUCCAUCCUCAGGCUCCUUUACGGCUCCCAAUCCAAGAAAGCUGUCCAGAUCCCAGUGAGAACAGUGGUUUGGCUGUACCACCCUUAGACGAUUCUAGUCAGGCUCCAGCUGUCAAUCAACUGGACCAGAAAGAUUUUGCCUUUCUGCAGCACUGGGAUGAAUGGUUCCAAAUGAUGCUUGCUGAAUGGAUACCUGACAGAGAAUACUGGUCUUCUGGUAAAUCUGAGCUGCAUCCAUGGCAGAUUCAGCUUCAGGAGCUUGCCAGUAUGCCUCAUCAAGCAGAUAAAACUCCACAGCAGUAGGGUUAAGCCUCAAGCCGUUUCUGUUAAUUCUGUUAAUGAACAUGGGUUCAUCUCUUCGAAUCCAGGCCUACCUGUGGAUGACUGUGAAUCGCUUGGAAAGCUUCUCAGAAGGUUUUCAGGUUCUCUUUCACAGAGGGACUUUUAUCAGUGACGCAGAUUCAGGAGACUGUCAAGACCCUAAUCCAGGACGUCUGGCCUUGGGUUUGAAAUCAGGGGAUAUUUAUAAUGAAGAGUAAAUACACUGAAUCAUGAAACUAGUUCUAUUCAGUAAACAGCAUAAACCACUUGGACACAGAAAGGAAGCAGUGAUUAAUUUUAAUUUAUUUUUGAGAUCUGGUCUCACUUUUAUUCAGGCUGGUUUUGAGUUCCAGUACCACCUCUUCCUGAGUAGCUGGCACCACAGGUAUGUGCCUCCAU